UUUCAGUCGAAAUGCCAUGGGAGUCGGCCAUGCCUCUUCUCUUUACUUUUUGUCUCUGCUUCGUCAAUGCCGCUUCACCUAAGUCACAGUAACGGUCACAUUUCCAUCUCCACCGUUAGCCCCCCAAUCCCCGAUCGGCUGCACUUCCCUUUUUCUCUACGUACCCCCAAAUCCUUCACCCUCCCUCUCGAAAAAUGGCAAAAACCCUUCGCUUUUCUUCUCUCCUGCUUUUCCUGACCCUCCUCGACGUUCCCCUCUCUCGCGCGUCGAUCCCGCAGAGGAGAACCGUUUCAAGGGCCCAGAAAGGGGUUGUGGGCACCGAGCUGUGGUGCGUGGCGAAGAACAACGCAGAGGACGCUGCUUUGCAGGCAUCCCUGGACUGGGCGUGCGGGCCCGGCGCCGCCGACUCCGGUCCUAUCCAGCAAGGCGGUUCCUGCUACGACCCGAAUGACAUCCAGGCUACGGCUUCUUUUGCCUUCAAUGACUACUACUUGAGGCACGGCUUGACCGACGACAGUUGCUUCUUUGAUAACAAUGCCGCCCUCACUUCUUUGAACCCUAGUCAUGAUAAAUGCAAAUUCCCGUCCAGCUUGUCGGUGAACAAUGGAAGCUUUUCCAGUCCCACAACAGCAGUUGGAAUGGGGCCAAGUGAAGAUAUGAGCGGCUGCACUCAGAUUGCUCAACAAUGGUUUUGGCCUCUUAUUACCUGUCAUAUGAUCAUUUACACGGGUUGUUUCACAAUGGUAGAGAACUACUUUGCCCUUUUUUCCCUUAAAUUAAGCUGUCAGUGAAUCGCAAGGCAAAGGACUUUUUUGUAGAUGAGAUACAUGCUAGGACAUUUAGCAUUCAAGUUUAAAUCCGCAAUAUAUAUUAUAUUACGUUA